AUACAUGUACAUAUACAUAUACAUAUAAACAUAUACUUCUGGUUCUGCCUUCACAAGUAGUCUAUACAACACCAUAUAUAUACAUACAAAACUCUCCAUCCUCAAAAUCAACAACAACAAUGGCUCCUACACGUACCAGAUCUCCAAGUUUCUCUAUGAGGAGGUCUCUGUCUCGUGUUCGAUCACCUUCGACUCGAUCCAAACCCUUUGAAACUGAUCAAACAAUUGAGUUCUUGGGGAAGGAAGGAGUGGACAACUAUGGAUUUGAAGGGGAAACAAGAGAUGGGAAUAAGGUUAUGGUGGUGGUUGAUUCCACAGUUGAAGCUAAAGGUGCUCUUGAAUGGGCUCUGGCUCACACUAUUCAAACCCAGGACUCUGUUGUUCUUCUUCAUGUCAUUAAGCCAUCCAAACAAGGUCCUGAGUAUAACAAGAAGCUUAAGCUUGAGGCCUUUGAAGUUCUUCACUCCAUGAAAACCAUCUGUCAGACUAGGAGGCCAGGGGUGCAAGUUGAGGUAGCAAUGCAGGAAGGGAAGGAGAAAGGGAAAAUAAUAGUGGAAGAAGCAGAGAAACAAAAGGUGUCCUUACUGGUGUUAGGGCAAAGAAAGAGAUCAAUGUUAUGGAGAUUCAUGAAGAGAUGGAGAGGCAAACAGAACAACCAUGGUGGGUUUGUUGAGUAUUGUAUACAAAAUGCUUCAUGCAUGACAAUUGCAGUGAGAAGAAAGGGAAAGAAGCUUGGAGGUUACUUGAUUACCACCAAAAGUCACAAGAAUUUCUGGCUCUUGGCCUAACUAAGUUCUAUGUUCAAGUUUAGAGUUUCAAAGUCAAAAGAUGUGGGUUUGUGAAAAUGAAAUUUAGUGCUUCCUAGGCCAGUCUCUUGUUCUUGGUCACUGGUAAAGUGCUUGUUUUCUACUCAAAUCAUUGUUAAUUAUACUUUCCAGACUACUGAAAGAUAGAGUUUGUUACGACUCAA